AGGUUCUUGACAUCUAGCAGGGAAGAUGUGCAGGUGUAAAUUAUCAUAAGAUGAAAGCUGAAUUAAAAUUGCCUCAGGGCAAAACAAGGACAUGUGCUUCUUCUGUUAGUGUAGUACUUUACAGAAACAACUCUUGUCCUUUUCUCUGUGCCUUGACUGGUGCAGUCCAGAUUUAUCUGCAAGCCAGGGCAUGAUUGAAUAUUGCACCUUCCACAAGUGCAAAAUCAAAAUUUCGUUAGAGCAGUUCUGGGAAGUUAACUGAUAGGCCUUCUGGACUGGUCCUGCGAGGGGAGAAAGUCCAACACUCCUGAGUGGAAGAGUCAGUUUAAUAAAGUCAGAAGCUAAUGUACAUACUGGCAGUUAUGUCUCAUGUGAUACGGAAGAUUAUGAGACUCCCUUUGCUGCUGGGUUGUUGAAAUGGAGAAAUAGAGUAGUGCUGAUGAACAGACACUUGGGUUUUUUAAUCAAAUGUUUUCCAUCAGUUUAAAGUUCUAUUAAAUUAACUCUGAUUUUUCUUUGUGCAGAUGUGUCACUUUACCCAAAGAAAUUCAACUUUUUCAUUUCCAAAUAUAUGUAAUAUAUUUUGGCGGUUUCACCAUACAAGUACAUCCCACUCGUGCAGUUGCAGUAAGAUAGUUAGUGAUGUAAAAUACCAGGACCCUUUUCAACUUGGUAGAAAAGACUUGAAGAAUCUCUAUGAAGACAUUAAAAAGGAAUUACUUGUAUCUGCAGCAGAACUUAAGGAAAUGUGUGAUUAUUACUUUGAUGGGAAAGGAAAGGCCUUUCGACCAAUGAUUGUGGUGCUAAUGGCAAGGGCUUGCAACAUUCACCAUAAUAAUUCCAGGGAGGUGCAAGCAAGCCAGCGCUCGGUGGCCAUAAUUGCUGAGAUGAUCCACACAGCUAGCCUAGUGCAUGAUGAUGUUAUUGAUGAUGCAAAUUCUCGCAGAGGAAAAAUGACAGUCAAUCAAAUCUGGGGAGAGAGGAAGGCUGUUCUAGCUGGUGACUUCAUCCUCUCAGCUGCUUCCGUAGCUCUAGCACGAAUUGGAAACACUACUAUCAUCUCUGUUUUAACUCAGGUGAUUGAAGAUCUGGUGCGUGGUGAAUUCCUCCAAUUGGGUUCCAAGGAAGAUGAGAAUGAGAGAUUUGCUCACUACCUCGAGAAGACUUUUAAGAAGACUGCGAGUCUUAUAGCAAACAGUUGUAAAGCAGUUUCAAUUCUAGGCUGCCCUGAUCCCCAAGUUCAUGAGAUUGCAUACCAGUAUGGAAAAAAUGUUGGCAUAGCUUUUCAGCUAAUAGAUGAUGUGCUGGAUUUUACAGCAUGUGCCGACCGUCUGGGGAAACCAACAGCGGCAGAUCUCAAGCUUGGAUUAGCCACAGGUCCUGUCUUGUUUGCUUGUCAACGGUUUCCAGAAAUGAAUGCUAUGAUAAUGAGACGAUUCAGUAAACCAGGAGACGUUGAACGUGCUCGGAAUUAUGUGUUGCAGAGUGAUGGUGUGCAGCAAACAACCUACCUCGCCCAGCGCUACUGCCAUGAGGCCACAAGAGAGAUCAGUAAACUGCGGCCAUCCCCUGAAAGAGAAGCUCUCAUUCAACUGACAGAAAUGGUACUCGUGCGAGACAAGUGAGAGAACUCCUUCCACUCGUUCUGGCAGCUACUUACCAGACUGUGCCUAAAUUUACUUCAAGGUAUUUGCUUCCAACACAGGCUACCAAAAAUUAUUUUUUUAAAAAACUUUUUUUUUUUUUUGGAAGUUCUGCUUUUUUUUUUUUGUUUUGUUUUUGUUUUGUUUUUUAAAAAGUUUAAAGUGUUUUAUUGUGGGAAGCCAUACAAUUCAGAGCAAAUCAAACUGUGCUGUACAACUGUUUUAGCGGGAGCUAUUAAUUGUGGGGGGUGGGGAAGAUGUUUACAUGUUGAUGCACAAAGGCCACAAUAAGAAUAAAUAUAAAUCAGUGUAUGAGAA